AUGAAAUUUUUACUGCAACACAUAAGAAAUAUGCAUGUUAAGCCUAUAAAAAUGCGGUGGUUGACAGGUGGUGUCAACUACAGUUACUUACUAAGCACUGAAGACAGGAGAAACGCAUGGUUAAUUGACCCUGCAGAACCUCUUGAAGUGUCGCCAGAAUUAAGCGGUGAAGAAAAAGAAGGUAUUGAUGCUAUUGUCAAUACACAUCACCAUUACGACCAUUCAGGGGGGAACCUAGCGCUUCAUAGUAUCCUGUGUCAAGGAAACACAGGUCGCGAAAUUAAAAUAAUUGGUGGAUCUGAGGCUUCUCCGGGGGUCACUGAAAUACCCGAACAUUUGCAACAGUACCAUUUGGGUAACUUAAUAGUAACGUGUAUUAGGACGCCGUGUCAUACAAAGGAUUCCAUAUGCUAUCAUGUCGAAGAUUUAGAGAAGGGUGAGCAAUGCAUUUUCACAGGUGACACGUUAUUCAUUGCCGGUUGCGGGAGGUUUUUCGAGGGCACAGGGGGAGACAUGGACACAGCUCUGAAUAGGAUAAUCUUAAGGACUGUUGGCGAGGCGAAUUGGAAUAAAGUAAAAACAUAUCCUGGCCAUGAGUACACCAGUGGUAAUGCUAGGUUUAUCAGGGCAAAAAUCUAUCCUGGUAUAGGCGAAAACAAGAAGUUCGACGCGCUGGAACAGUAUUGCAAAAGUAAUGAGUGCACCACAGGUCACUUUACCUUAGGCGAUGAACUGGGUUACAACCCAUUCAUGAGACUGGAUGAUCUCGCCGUUAGAGCGGCAGUCGGCGAUACUGCUGGGGUGUAUCCCAGAGCCGCAGUGAUGCAAGAGCUAAGAAAGCUUAAAAAUACUAUGUAA